CCCUGCCAAUAACCACUGCUACAUUAAAGCAGGUUAGGAUUUUGUGGCUCGGCAGUGGAUAAGUCUGGUCGUUAUGUUUCUCUGCUCCUCUCUUCCCCCCAAAUGAAACCGUAAUCACAGAGAGAGAGAGAGAGAGAGAGAGAGAGAUGGCGUCAAGUACAGUAAUCUGCCCUUCAACAACGCCUUCAUCAUCAACCUCUCACUCAAGGAACUACUACUACUCUGCGUGUAUCCUCAGACGCCAUGGGAGGACCUUAUCUUUUUCUUCUUCUUCUAGAAUAAGCACAAACAGGGCAUCAAGAACGACAAUGCCCGGAAGCAAGAGCUAUAGAAGUGGAUUUACCAAAUGCUUUUCGGCUUCUUCUUCUUCUCCUCCUCCUUCCCUUAGUCUUCGACUGCGACAGCGUGCUCGUUGAUACCGAGAAGGACGGCCAUCGGAUUUCAUUCAACGACACUUUUGCUGAGAAGGAAUUGGGUGUUACCUGGGAUGUGGAUUUGUACGGGGAGUUGCUGAAAAUCGGGGGAGGAAAAGAAAGGUAAUGCCGCCUCCUGAAAAAAACUGCCAACCUACUGUGAGUAUUGCAGAUAAACAUAAAAUUCAAUGAAAUAAUGUAGAGACGCCUUGAGCAUCUUUUAUUUGAAUCAUACCUCGGUGUCUUUCUUCAUAGGAUGACAGACAGCCUACUUUAACAAGACUGGUUGGCCAGAGAAAGCUCCGAAGGGCGAAGAGGAAAGAAAGCAAUUUAUCGCUUCCCUUCACAAGCGAAAGACGGAGUUGUAGUUCAUGGCCCUUAUUGAGAAAAAGCUGUUGCCUCUCCGACCAGGUGUUGCCAAGUCAGUUGCUAUCGAUCUUUUCUUCGAUCGGUUACAUUUGAAGUGUGAUGCCCAGCUACAAUUGUUGAUCGACCAGGCUUUGGCAAAAGGAGUUAAAGUUGCUGUGUGCAGCACCUCCAAUGAGAAGGCAGUCUCUGCAAUAGUUUCGUGCUUACUUGGGCCUGACCGAGCAGAAAAGAUCACGAUAUUUGCAGGAGACGUGGUUCCUCGCAAAAAGCCUGAUCCGGCAAUUUAUGUACUGGCAGCUACCACCCUGGGUGUUGAACCCUCAAGUUGUGUAGUGGUAGAAGACAGUGCCAUUGGUCUUGCAGCAGCCAAAGCUGCUGGAAUGAAGUGUAUUGUCACAAAGAGUGGGUACACCGCUGAGGAGGAUUUCGUAAAUGCAGAUGCAGUUUUUGAUUGUAUCGGAGAUCCUCCCGAGGAACGGUUUGACCUGGCAUUUUGUGGAAGCCUUCUUGAGAAGCAGUACAUUAGCUAGCCAUCAUUUGGAAGGACAUCCUCCCAGAAGCAUAUUCGAUGUGGUUUUCAAUUGUUUUCCCUCCUAAUAUGCAUGUUAAAAGCAUUUCAAAUGCUUCUUGGAAUACCAUAUAAUCUGUUUCCGAUGGAUACAAAAUUUGCUGACAUUUUUUUCUGUCUUAGCCCUAGAGAUGCCAUGGAUUGUGGCUUCUCAGUUGUGGUUAGAGGCCUCUUGGAACCCCAUCAAUGUAGAUAAUUUUUACAUGUUGUCCAUACGGAUACGCAGUUAGAUGCAUAUGCAUCUUGGUACUGUUGAAUAUAACUCUCUCCACUCUCAAUUUUCAGCAA